CAAUCUCAGCAUCCGGGCUUGUUUGUUUUAGUUCUUUGUUUGUUAUUGAAAAACAAAAAUGGCUGAAAACGAAGAGCCCGAAGCCACCUGCACUUUUCUUUUUAAAAAAACGAACAAAAAAUUCACAGCUCGGAAACGGAGAGCAAGCGACAGCGACGCGGGCAGCAACAGCGAUGAGGAGGAGAAUGCGGUGAAGCGGAAGGAGAGGAAGGCUGGGCCGGCUAAUCCCAUGAUCCAGAGGACGAAGAAGGUGGAGAAGGAGAAGGUGUCUUCCAGCGACAGCGAUGGAGAACGAGAGAAGUCGAAGUCAAAUAAAAUCACCAUCGAAUACAAGUCCACCAGAUCUGCUAAAGCGGAGGGUCCCGAGGACAUGGGUGCCACGGCCGUGUACCAGCUGGACACGGAGAAGGACAAGGACGCGCAGGCCAUCUUCGAGCGCAGCCAGAAAGUGCAGGAGGAGAUAACGGGGAAGGACGAUGAUAAAAUCUACCGUGGGCUCAAUAACUAUCAGAAGUUUAUCAAACCCAAGGACACGUCGAUGGGGAACGCCUCCUCUGGGAUGGUCAGGAAAGGUCCAAUUCGAGCCCCCGACCACUUGAGGGCGACAGUGAGGUGGGACUACCAGCCUGACAUCUGCAAGGACUACAAGGAGACCGGCUUCUGUGGCUUUGGAGACAGCUGCAAGUUCCUGCACGACCGCUCAGACUACAAGCAUGGCUGGCAGAUCGAGAGGGAGCUGGACGAGGGCCGCUACGGGGCCAACGAUGAUGAGAACUACGAGGUGAGCAGCGAUGAAGAGGACCUGCCCUUCAAGUGCUUCAUCUGCAGGGAGUCCUUCAAAAACCCUGUUAUCACCAAGUGUCGCCACUAUUUCUGUGAGCGCUGUGCGCUGCAGCAUUACCGCAAGACCCAGCGAUGCUACGUGUGCAACGAGCAGACCAACGGGGUCUUCAAUCCCGCUAAAGAGCUGAUCACCAAGAUGCAGAAGCUACAGGCUGGGAACUGUGAGCAGUCAGACAGCGGCGAGCAGCAGGAGCAGGACCUGUAACCUGCUCGCCGAAAUUUCCUUUUAAAUGUGCGCUACCGUUUUUGAAUGUGUAACGUGCAUCUGUAACAUGGCAAAUAAAACUUUUUCUUUUGUAUUAUCGUUUUCCUGAGUAUGAAAUAAAAAGACAGACAGAGAGGGCACAGGGAUUAGUCUGAUGUUAGUUACAGUAAGAUAGCACCGAACACAAUCCUCGCUCUAGAGCGGUGCCCUCCCUGUGCUGAACGAUGGCAUCGCCACACUGUGUUAAACCAGGAUGUAAAAUGCAUUGCUGUUUCUGAUGCACUGACUGAAAAGAAACAAAAAACCUGCAUUCAGUGGGCCUGACAUGAUCCUUCCACUUUAAGUGACGAUAUUGGCUGGAAUCGCAUCCUAAUUUUAGUCUGCUAAAGGUGCCCCCUUCACAGGUGAACACAUUGGUGAGAUCUUACCUGUAAUCCGAGAGGGGCGAACAGGGCGUGUUUACAACCAGUUGCCAAGCCUGAGUUUUCAAUAGAUGUGUUUUUUGAGAAAUAUGUUUUUUGUUUGUCUUUGUUACCCUUUUGUCUUUUUUUUUUUCAGUGUGAGGACUCCAGGAACGCGAGCUUGUUAGGCAAUCGUACACAUUAACCACUAAAACCAAUAAUGCCGACCCAGCAGCAUUUCUCCACAUUCAAGUUUUAUUUGUGGUACGCUGACCUCAGUAGUAGAUUUAAAAGAAACACACAAGCAUCUCGCUGUAAAAAAAAAAAAAAAAAAAAAGCUACCAAAGGGAUCAGUUCAGAACAUGAAACUCAAGACCUGAAGAGCUCACAGCAGCACCAAACGCCGCGGCUCAGUCUCCCCCUCCCGGACCCUGCACUGGAGACCGAGGAAUGCCAGUCCAGUCUCAUCCCCCAACUCCUCCGUUAGUCUCUGUGAUGCUGGAAGCAGAUGUUGAAACUUCAAGCCUGUGGUGCACAACUCUGCCCCUUGUGAUCAGUUCCAAUCGGGGCCUCAAUUAGUUUGGCUCAAGAUAAUUUAGCACCUGGUUGGGACAAAGAUGUGGACAGGAAGGGACAUCGAGGUCAAAGCUGUGCAACACAGACCUGAACGUCUUCAAGAGACACAGGCCAACAGUCGCUGUGCUUUUAAGGUUCUUGCAAAGAAUAGUUUUAGUUUGUCAUUGUUAAAAACUCC